UGAUUUCAAGUUUCGAAGAUUUAUUUUGCCUCAGUGGAAUCAGAAAAGGAGUGCGAUGGCAGUAGUGACAAAAUCCGUCCCAGCUAAGCGACAUAUCUGUGUUUGGACAUUCCCCGAGGGUUCUACGCCAGCCGUAAGAGUACUAGUCGAAGAAGGAAAGAUAAGAGCAGAUAAUUUGAUCCGAAUAGCGGCGAAAACUUUAGGAAUAUUCGAAUGCAGCCUUCAGUUUUUUAGUCUUUUCAAAGGAAUCGAACGUCCGCUACGAAAAUACGGCAACAACGAGAUGAUUUAUUUACCUUGUAAAGACAUAAUCUCGAUACAGAGAUGGUCCUUUGAUGUUGCUAGGGAGAAAAAGCUCCUAAAGACAGACGCUGGUGCGAAUCGUCUGUUUGCCUUGCAGUGCAAAGYUGAUAUCAAGGCUGGGCGGAUUAAACCAAAACCCGAAGAUAUUCCAGUACUCCAGGAAUAUUUAAACCCACAGUUUCCUUGUGAGAAGCAGUUUGUUGAGAAGUGCCAGACGUUGUAUGGGUAUGCGUCGGUGCAUUUUACCAACUGCACGGUACAGAACGAUUUAUCUGUUAAGGAGCUUAAACUGAGAGAGGGGUCCAGUUUGACCCUCAUUGCAAACCCAAAGGGUCUCAUAUUCAAAACAGAAAAAUUGGUAUUCUUCGCUCCUUGGAGGAAAAUUCGUCGCUGGUCCCAAGUACAAGGAAACAGCGUCCAUUUUGAGAUUUUCUUUACAGACGAGAUGAGGUUUGAAUGGAUCGAGGUAGAAAGUGACCAGACGGCUUUCCUCAUGGAAGUCGUGGCAGAAUUUGUGUACAUAAUGAAGAAAGAAUCAGAAGAACCGACAUUUAAGCUACCAAAAUGGUUAAAAAACAAAUCGGAGAAUCGUUUAACUUGGAAGUUGAUUAAAAACGAGCUUUUCUCACCGAAGAAGGAAGAAGAUGAGGAGGAAGAGGAAGAGCCACCGGAGGAGGAAGAAUUCAUUAAUCGUUUCGAUAACCUGCAUGAUGAGGUGAGCUCGGAUGAGGAUUCAGAUGACGAAUUGGCAGCCACUGCAUCGGCUUCAUCCAGGAGUAAACCCUGCUACAAACCAAGUUGAUCAAUAACUACACGUUAAAUGUACUGUAAAUGUAAUUGGCUUCAAUCAUGUUGAUCAAAAUCAUUCUUUGAAGAAGGGGUUUAACGGCCCAUUAUGGGCCAAUAGAAUGAAAAGAAAGGGAUGCCACAGGUAAGAUAUUGGGACCAAUAUUGUUUGUUUCUUUUCGAUCCCAACCAUUAAAUUGUGACAGAUCGAUCUUGAAAAAUCCUUUUGCGAGGAAGGRGUGCGGGUUUAUUACCUCCUUAAGGGCCAAGAAGACAAAGGAAAAAGGGGGAGCCACAGAGUAAGAUAUUGGGACCUCAAUUUGUUUUGAAGGUAAGAAUUACGAAGCCUGAAGAAAAGAUUUAAAAUUUACUGCAAACUUUACAGGUUAAAAACAAUGUGGGAG